GGAAGGAGUCUGGACCUGAACUGAUGAACAUAUUUAUAUAAUAUACAUACACAUAAUAUAUAAAUAUCUCACCAUGUCCAAGACCACCGUUGAUGUGAAGGCAGAGAGAUGGCCCAUAGCUCCAGAUGGCUACAUCCCAAACUCUGUGAUCCGCAACUGGUGGAAGAAGGAGAAGCUUCUUCCUCAGAUGGGCGGCUGGGAGGACUACUUCCCUUGUCUUUUCAUGGAGGACGAAGACACAGGGAAAGACCGGGAGGAUCUGACCAGAGAGGCUUUCUCCUACAGAUAUGAGGUGGCGGAAGAUGAAGAAAGGACAUGGUACGUGACUGGGUGGGAGACAGAGAGCGAAGAUGAGGAAGCCGAGGUGCAGGUAAAGGACAGAAGAGUCCUCCCCGAGGAGUCCUACUUUGACCAAACCAAGAUGACUCUGCGCAACCUGCAGAAAACAAUUGAUGACGGACAAACAAACGUGGAGCCUCGGAGGCGAGAAGUCAGCAACGAGACACGAGGGACAGUGAUGUACAUAGCCACCUCCUGCCAUCAAAACGAAGAUAAACAACUCAGAGAGCAUGAAAAAGAACGGAAGCUUCAUGAACACAUCACACCUCCACAUCUCCGUGAACAGACAACAGACAGUUUGACAACCAACAAACUGGACAUGAUGACUUUGGCAAAUUUGGGGCCUCCAGAGGAAUGUCCUGUGCUGUCUGUAGAUGAGGUCCUUUCAAAGCAGGGUUAG